GCAGUCAUCGCCAUUUUGAAUUACAGCCGCACUUCGCUGGCUGUUGACUGAAAGGAGGCACGAUUUCUUCGUUUCUGAAACAUUUCUGCGCAUUCAAAGCUAUACUUACUGGAUACAUAUUGUGAGGGAUUUACUUCGCUCUAAGUAUGGCUCACCGAAAUCUUAAACAGAUCAACAUUCAAAACAACACACCGUCGCCGAAACCUCAGCAGCAGUACCACCAGCAGCAGCAGUACCACCAGCAGCAGCACACAAAGCGCAACAUGGACUCUCCAGGCAUGAAGCGAAGGCCGACUGUUGCGGAUGGGAAAACCCCACCACCAAAGCCGCCGACGGCUGCCAGCCCUGCGGCAGAGGGGGAGGGUGGAGCCGGAGAGUCGCAGGAGAUGACGCUGGAUAUAAAGAGUUUCAGGAGACCCGGGGAGAAAACCUUCACGCAGCGUUGUAGGUUGUUCAUCGGUAACCUCCCGACAGACCUCACGGAGGAUGAUUUCAAAAAGCUGUUUUCCAAGUAUGGCGAGGCUAACGAGGUGUUUAUCAACCGAGACCGAGGAUUCGGCUUCAUUCGACUGGAAACCAGGACACUAGCAGAGAUUGCCAAGGCAGAGUUGGACGGCACAGUGCUGGGGAACCGACCUAUCCGGAUCCGCUUCGCCACGCACGGCUCUGCCCUCACGGUGCGGAACCUUUCCCCCGUGGUCUCCAACGAGCUUCUUGAGGAGGCCUUCUCCGAGUUCGGCCCCGUGGAAAGGGCUAUCGUUGUGGUGGACGACCGAGGAAAGCCCACUGGGAAGGGCUUCGUGGAGUUUGCCAACAAACCUUGUGCUCGUAAAGCCCUGGAUCGCUGUGCUGACGGGGCGCUGCUGCUCACCACGUCUCCUCGGCCUGCCAUUGUGGAACCCACCGAGCAGCUGGAUGAAGAAGAUGGACUCCCAGAGAAAUUGCUUGUGAAAUCUGUACACUACCACAAGGAGAGGGAGCACCCCCCGCGGUUUGCCCAGCCGGGGACAUUUGAGUUUGAGUACUCGUCCCGCUGGAAGGCCCUGGACGAGAUGGAAAAGCAGCAGAGAGACCAGGUUGAGCGCAACAUCCGAGAGGCAAAGGAGAAGCUGGAGCAAGAGAUGGAGGCCGCCAAGCACGAGCAUCAGCUCAUGAUGAUGAGACAAGACCUGAUGAGGCGUCAAGAGGAGCUGAGACGUCUGGAGGAGCUUCGCAACCAGGAGCUGCAGAAACGCAAGAAUAUAGAGAUGAGACAUGAGGAGAGGCGUAGGCAGGAGGAGGAGAUGAUGCAGCGCCAUCGAGAGCAGGAAGAGUUGAGACGCCAACCGGACAGCUUCAAGCCAAACUAUGCGGACACUGUGCACUCGCUCUACAUGCUGCAGAUAUGAGACCAGAAAACUGGUUAAAAACAACAACGUAAACAUUGCUCUUCAGUGUUACCUCAUUCCAACUGUAUUUAUUAGGAUUCCCUACAGGUAAGUGUUGCUUUUUCCUCCUAUUUAUUCUUCAACACAGUGUUAUGUCUCUUUAUUACAGUAAAUAAAACAUACAGCUUUCAAAAACCAAGUGUUUGGUGCCUUAUUCCUUUAUUGAUUGAUUUCAGAGGUAAUGACAAAUGAGUGUGACUUCAGUGUAUGAUUCUCAUGCUAGUAUUGUUCUGCUUAGAAAUUCAGUUCAUUUAAACUUGUUCUAUGAAGUUUUAUUUUUAUUUAUUUCACCUUUAUUUAACCAGGUAAGUUUUGUGUGAAAAAAAUACUCACUUAGGACUGUUAGAUUUUAUUAGAUGGCAAUAAAAAAAAACAGGCCAAAUCAACGUUGGUGUCUUGGUCUUGUCUUGGGACCCUCAUUGACACUGAAAACAGCUCAUACUGCUCAAAGAUCACAAUACUGCAAAAAUACCAUCACUUGUGAAAUCGUUGGGAAUUUAUCCAACGCCUAUUCUGUGUCACAGCGAAAUAGCUGGAAAUUCAGAGCAGAGGAAAGUCUAAAGUUGUUCGAUAUCCACUUGUAGGUGUAGGCUACUUUUUCGUCUUACAGUGCAUUUGGAAAGUAUUCAGACCACUUGACUUUUUCCACAUUUUGUUACAUUACAGCCUUGUUCUAAAAUGUAUUACAUUGUUUUCUUUCCCUCAAUCUACACAGAAUACCCUAUAAUGACAAAGCAAAAACGGGUUUUUAGAAGUUUUUGCAAACGUUAAAAUAUAUUUAUAUCACAUUUACGUAAGAUUCAGACCCCGUUACUCAGUACUUUGUUGAAUCACCUUUUGGCGGUGAUUACAGUGUCAAGUCUUCUUGGGUAUGAUGCUACAAGCUUGGCACACCUGUAUUUGGGGAGUUUCUCCCAUUCUCCUAUGCAGAUCCUCUCAAGCUGUUGUCAGGUUGGAUGGGGAGUGUCGCUGCACAGCUAUAUUCAGGUCUCCAGAGAUGUUUGAUCUGGUUCAAGUCUGGGCUCUGGCUGGGCCACUCAAGGACAUUGAGACUUGUCCCGAAGCCACUCCUGCGUUGUCUUGGCUGUGUGCUUAGGGUCGUUGUCCUGUUGGAAGGUGAACCUUUGUCCCAGUCUGAGGUCCUGAGUGCUCUGGAGCAGGUUUUCAUCGAGGAUCUCUCUGUACUUUCCUCCGUUCAUCUUUCCCUCGAUCCUGACUAGUGUCCCAGUCCGUGCUGCUGAAAAACAGCAUGGAUAAAACUAAUCUUGACAAAAUGUUACAAAUACAUAUUUAAAAUAUUACAUUAGAUAUUUUUUUACAUUACUCAAAUUAAACAUUUGUCAUCGUAUGAUCAUCCCCAUUUACACAAAACUCGUAUAAAUUAUUUUGGAAUGAUGUCUUGUGAGAAAAUUUGCCCAACGGUGCACUUUGGCUGCUCUAUAUGUGGUCUGGAUCACUCGUAGAUGUGCAAGGGUUUCAAGAGCCACGUUACUAACGAAGGCUCUGGGAAACACCUCGGCUACUAAAGAUACAUCGUAAGAUGGUUCUAACGCUAUACAAAGGCUCUGGGAAAACGAUGCCCCGGGCUCCGUUUGCCAAAAGCAGCUUAAAGCUAUAUUCAUCAAGAUGAUUUUGGGAACUAGGCCCCGGUCUUUACCCACCGUUGCGCGUCAGAGUUUGAAAAUACGUGUCAUAUGCUAUAGGUCCGUGGACAGAGCUCUUAAAACAAAUAUCAUACCUUAUUAUUUAUGUAGCUUAUAGGCUCAUUACAAAUGGCCAGAUCCUGACAUAGGCGAGACUAAACUAACUAUUCUCCAUAGGUCAUGACCACUGUAGAUCAUUGGUCAUGACGCGCGAAUUUCAACGGGCUGACAGCCCAUGUGGUCAUGUUGUCUAAACUCGUAGGCACUGAAGCUUGUGGUGAUCAGUGGCAUGUUAUAGAGCCUAUACACAAUUAUGUAGGCUACAGGUUAGUCGUUAAGGUUGUAAACGUUUUGGAAGUUCAAGUGACUGUCUCACUGACCUAGGCCAAUUUGGACUCAGGACUGGUCACAUGACCCACUACGUUGAGUGUCAAUCGUCAAAUCAUUAGAACGAGAAACUGUUUUUUUACAAAUAAAUAUUGUUUGUUUAUUCGAUUACAUAUGCAGAUUAAACACAUGACGCAUUUAUAUGUUCUGUGUUGUCUGGAAGCCACGGCCAUUAAUUGACCAAAACACAAGGGGCACGGAUUGAACCAGAACCGAUAUGUAAAAACAACAUUUGAAUAAUCAAAUAAUUAUUCCGUUUCUCGUUAUUUAAUAUUUACUUUAGACAAUAAAAACAACCCGUUUGUUUGAUUUCAGAUUAAAAUCAAAUAAAGGAAGAACGACCCUUUACUAUUUUUUAUCCUUUCAUUUAACAGGAAAUAUUUUGCCCAAAAAGUACACCGACCCUGUGUCCAACUUUCAUCACUUAAACGCUCCAGUCAGAUUUAAGCUAUAGUUAUGCACGUGCGCAAAAGGGAUUUAUUUACAAUCAUAGCAAUCAAACGAGUUAAAACGACAUGUAUUGAUGGAAAAUGAUCUGGCAAGUUUAAUAACGGCGAAUUAAGCUUUCUCAUUCCUUUAUUGCAUCACGUUAGCUCGCACGAAUUAUUUUUUGGAUGAAACCGAAUUUGGCUUCUUACGUCGAUUUUCCUUAAUUCUCUCGAUAAUGUUAUAGAGAAAGGAUAAACGUGUCAACUCCUCUCUUGCUGCGCAAAACAUUUUUGGGGAUGGUUUUUAGGCCUUGUCCGUGUGUUUCGAGUGGUCAUUGAUCUGGAAAUGUUAUCUCAACCUGGCAACACUAGAAAGAAGCAUACUGCAUAAUUGUUGUUUACAAAGGUUGUGGAGUAGACGCUAGCCUAGGCUAAUCAGACAGAGGUUUCAACCAACAUUUCUUUGAUAAAACGAACAGCUAGACUUUCAUAACCAUCGCCAAUAUGUCCAAACUACAGUUGUUUAAUGUGUUCGUCACCGAGCGCUUGCCGGGAGCUGCUGUGGAGAUAUUCGUGGCCGUGGAGAAGAUUAUAGCAGAUCAUAGCAAGACAUCUGCCGUUCAGCAGAGGAGAUCGAGCGCCUUCAUCCUGUUGGACAUGGUUUUCCAACCAGAGAUUAAGUUACAUGGAGCAGGUUUGUAGCGAGCUACAGUUGUUAUCACGAAGAUAUUUGAUUUGUAGAUUAACGUUACAAGAUUUUAGAAUUCAUGUGGCAGUUUGUAAUAUGCG